AUUUGGGUGAGGUCAAGCAGUCAUGUUGUGAAAUUUCAUUUGAAAUUCCUCAGAGCUGCUGGUAGCAAUCUGAGUCUAUCUUCCUUUCAAUCUUCCCUCUGAUCUGGAUUCCUGAUUUUGAGAUUCAGGCCAAGACAUGAGAGUGUUCCUUUUACGAAGGGGGCUCAUGGGAGUGUGGUUGCUUCUUUUGCAAUUCAAGUGACUUCAACCACAGCACCUCUCUCCUGGUUACACAUUCCUGCCAGAUGAAAUGUUGACUUGCUGAAUUUCUGGUUCUUGGCUGUUCCUCUGAGUAUUGGUGACUUUUGAGACAGAAGUUGACAAGCUCUGUCUGCAACCAUGUGGUUCUACCUGGCUGUCCUGCUGGGGCUUUACUUUUUCCGCCGAUGGUACCGGGAGAGACAGACUGUGGAGAACCUCAGAGAGAAAUAUGUCUUUAUCACUGGCUGUGACUCUGGCUUUGGGAACAAGCUUGCCAGGCAGUUGGAUGCCCUGGGCCUGCGGGUGUUGGCAGCCUGUUUCACCGCAGAUGGGGCAGAAGAGUUGGAGAGGCUGUCAUCUGAUCGACUGAAAACCACCAUCUUAGAUGUCAGCAGCAAAGAGAGUGUUGUGGCAGCAACUGAGUGGGUGAAAGGAAUUGUGAGGAGCAAAGGACUCUGGGGCUUGGUCAACAAUGCAGGUAUAGCUUCUCAUAUAGCUCCCACUGAGUGGCUGACCAAGGAUGACUUUGCAAAGGUGAUAGGUGUCAACCUGCUUGGGUUGAUUGAUGUGACAUUGCACAUGCUGCCACUGGUGAGAGCUGCCAGAGGGAGAGUCGUCAAUGUGGCCAGUUCAGCAGGAAGAGUAGCAUGCGUUGGAGGAGGUUACUGUCCCUCCAAGUAUGGUGUGGAAGCCUUCUCUGACAGUAUGAGACGAGAGCUCCUUCCUUUUGGAGUCCAAGUUAGCAUUAUUGAACCUGGUGCUUUUGCUAAUCCCAUUGUCAAAAUAGCAAAAGAAAGCUUAAGGAGUACAUGGAACCGGGUACCUUCUGACAUCAAAGAGACCUAUGGGCAGAAGUACUUUGACAACUACUGUAAAAGUUAUGAAGAUUUCACUAAAGGAGCCAACAAAAACCUCAACCUGGUCACUGACUGCAUGGAACAUGCCCUGACAUCCCGCUACCCUCGCACUCGCUACGCUGCAGGCUGGGAUGCAAAGUUCUUUUACAUUCCUCUGUCUUACAUGCCAACCUUAGUAGCCGACUAUGUCCUGGCCGGCUUUGCCCCAAGGCCAGCACAGGCAGUGUAGACCCUGUGUCAGAAAGGGCAUCACAAACAUCCAAACCAACCAACAAGAUAUGAGAAUGGGGCCCAACUCCAACUGCAUCAUUCCAUGACCUUAUAAGAUGAAGCCUCGGUUACUGAAUAUCUAUUAGGAAAACUAAGGGUUUUUUUCAUUGAUUCAGUACUAUUGUUGUUAACUGCCCUUGAGUUGAUCUCAGCUGAUGGUGACCCUCUGGAUGAGACCUCUCCAAGGCCCCCUGCCUUCCCCUGCUCUGCUUAAGCCUUGCAGACCCAUGACCUUGACCUUCCUAAUUGAGUCUAGGCAUUUGGUGUAGGUUUUCCUUUCUUUAUACUACCCUCAACUUUUCCUAGAAUUAUUGUGAUUUUUAAUGGGUCGUGCUUUCUCAUGAUGUGGCCAAAGUAUGAAACGU